ACCCUUCGGUUCCCUACGUUUCCAAGUUUCCACUUGAGAGGCGGUUCGGGGCGGCAGCGGUCAACAUCCAUCUGUUGAUUCCUCGCUACGCUCGGCCUCCGCCUACACAUCCGGCGAUCUCCUUCUAGGGUUUAUUUGAUAUUCUAUAGAGAUGGGUAUUCUUGAGAGGAUUAAGGAGAUUGAGGCUGAGAUGGCCCGAACUCAGAAAAAUAAGGCUACAGAAUAUCAUCUUGGACAACUGAAGGCAAAACUAGCAAAAUUAAGAACACAACUUUUAGAGCCUCCAAAGGGUUCUAGUGGAGCUGGAGAGGGCUUUGAAGUAACAAAAUUUGGCCAUGGUCGUGUUGCUUUGAUUGGUUUCCCAAGUGUAGGGAAGUCUACAAUUCUAACAAUGUUGACUGGAACACAUUCAGAAGCUGCAUCCUAUGAGUUCACAACUCUCACUUGCAUACCAGGAAUUAUUCACUACAAUGAUACCAAAAUCCAACUUCUAGAUCUUCCAGGAAUCAUUGAAGGGGCUUCAGAAGGCAAGGGACGUGGGAGGCAGGUUAUUGCUGUUUCCAAGUCCUCUGACAUUGUGUUGAUGGUCCUUGAUGCUUCAAAAAGUGAGGGACAUAGGCAAAUAUUAACAAAAGAACUGGAAGCUGUUGGCCUAAGAUUAAACAAGAGGCCACCUCAGAUAUAUUUCAAAAAGAAAAAGACUGGUGGCAUUUCCUUCAAUAGUACAUGUGCUUUAACUCAUGUUGAUGAGAAGCUUUGCUAUCAAAUUCUGCACGAGUACAAAAUACACAAUGCAGAGGUGCUAUUCCGUGAGGAUGCUACUGUGGAUGACUUUAUUGAUGUCAUUGAAGGGAACAGGAAAUACAUGAAGUGCGUAUAUGUUUAUAACAAGAUUGAUGUUAUAGGCAUUGAUGAUGUUGACAGACUUGCCCGCCAACCAAAUUCGGUUGUCAUAAGCUGUAACUUAAAGCUUAAUUUAGAUAGAUUAUUAGCUAGGAUGUGGGAGGAAAUGGGUCUUGUAAGAGUGUACACAAAACCUCAAGGUCAACAGCCGGAUUUUACUGAUCCUGUGGUCCUCUCUACUGAUAGAGGAGGAUGUACAGUGGAAGAUUUCUGUAAUCAUAUACAUCGAAGCUUAAUCAAAGAUGUGAAAUAUGUGCUUGUUUGGGGAAUCAGUGCUCGGCAUUAUCCACAGCACUGUGGUCUUCAACACAUUCUUCAAGAUGAGGACGUAGUUCAAAUAGUCAAGAAGAAGGAAAAGGAAGAAGGGGGGAGAGGCCGGUUUAAAUCGCACACGACUGGCCCAGCUCGAAUAUCUGACAGAGAAAAGAAGGCUCCUCUUAAAACAUAAAGCUGUUUUCAUCUGUAGACAACAGUUGAUCGGGUUUCCGUCUAGGCAUGGAAUUGAAAUUCCAUUAUGAAAGCAUGCAGCAUGUAGUAGAGGCUCUUGAACCUCAGCUGAGAAUUAUCAGGGAGCUGUUAUCAGAAGCAUCUAUAUUUAGCAGUGCCCUUGUUACGUCUUCAGACCUACCUAUUUUGAUGUAAUAUUAGGAGAAUGCUUUUUUUAUUAUUAAAAAAAAGCGUGAACUCUAUUUUCCCAAUAAUUUGCUACUGUAUUGGGAGGAUUUCUCAACUUUUUUUCUUUUUUCUUUUUGACCUGAAUAAUUAGGAUUUCACUGUUUAACAAUAAUCCUUCAUGAUACUCAACUCUGUUAUUUGAUCCUUCGUGCUCAAUUAUUCGAGCUUAUGCCAUGCAAUCCAUAUUUUA